AUGUUUUUGAUUUGGGGUCUUUUAGUCACAAUCGCUUUGGCGAACGCGAAUGAAUUAGUGGGAACAUGGACUACCAAAUCUCGUGAUGUUCUUACUGGUCCAGGAUUCUACGAUCCGCUCAACGACAAACUACUCGAGCCCAAUCUAACGGGCAUUUCAUACUCAUUUGAUGACGACGGAAAUUAUGAAUCCGCAUACUAUCGCGCAAUCUCAAAUCCGGCCGACCCAUCAUGUCCGGGAGGGAUCAUGCAGUGGCAGCAUGGCGCUUAUACUGUGUUCGGCAACGGAACGCUGGCGCUGACUCCAAUUGCUGUCGAUGGUCGUCAAUUACUGUCCGAGCCCUGCCGGCAACAGUCAGGUCAGUACACACGAUUUAACACUACCGAGGAGUUCAAGGAAUUCUCCGUGUAUAUAGACAAGUUCAAUCGCAUUAAACGCCUCGAUCUGACCAGGCUUGAUGGCUCGCUCGUCCAUCCCAUGUUCCUCGCCUACCAGCCACCAAAGAUGCUCCCCACCACAACCUUGAAUCCCACGCCAACAGGGCAUAAGCAAAAGCGAGAACUGUCGCAAAAGUCAGGAUUGCACCUGAUCGCUAGAGAACACCUGAUCAAUCCAGACCGAUGGUGGUGGUUGGGUGUUCUGAUGACAUCCCUUGGAGGAGUAGCUUUCUUCUGCUCAUGA